GUGGCUAAUCAAGGUACAAAGAGGUAAAUUUGCUUUAAAAAUAUUAUUUCCGGUCAUCCAGAAAAAUGAGCAGCUCAGAGGAGGUAUCAUGGAUUUCCUGGUUUUGUGGAUUAAGGGGAAAUGAAUUUUUUUGCGAGGUUGAUGAAGACUAUAUUCAAGACAAAUUUAAUCUUACAGGGCUCAACGAACAAGUGCCACAUUAUAGACAAGCUUUAGAUAUGAUUUUAGAUUUGGAACCAGAUGAUGAAUUAGAUGACAAUCCUAAUCAAUCUGACCUAAUAGAACAAGCUGCAGAAAUGCUUUAUGGGUUGAUACAUGCUAGGUACAUAUUAACAAAUCGAGGUAUAGCUCAGAUGAUAGAAAAAUAUCAAUCAGGUGAUUUCGGUUAUUGCCCUAGAGUCUAUUGUGAAUCACAACCUAUGUUACCUUUAGGUUUAUCUGAUGUGCCUGGUGAAGCUAUGGUAAAAUCUUAUUGUCCAAAAUGUAUGGAUGUUUAUACACCAAAAUCAUCGAGGCAUCAUCAUACGGACGGCGCCUAUUUUGGCACAGGCUUCCCCCACAUGUUGUUCAUGGUUCACCCAGAAUACAGACCGAAACGUCCUACAAAUCAGUUUGUUCCUAGGUUAUUUGGAUUCAAAAUACAUCCUCUGGCAUAUCAGCUCCAGCAACAAGCUGCAUCAACAUUCAAGACACCUUUGAGGAGUCUGAACUUCAACAACGGCAAGCGCUAAAAAAAUUGAACACUUAUUAAAUUAUAACCAAGUGAAUUAUAAAAUAUAGUUUAAAUGUGUUUUGAAGGAAUUACAUUUUUUCUGUUGAGUGGUUUAUUGUUUCUAGUUUAAUGUAUAUUCUUUUCUGUUUUUAAUAUGUAUAUGCAUAAAAAUUGACAUUAGAUUGAAAUUGGACAAUUCCAUAAGACUACUUAUCCGGUUGUAAAAAAUGUUAUUUGCAAUAUAUUCCUUCAAAUUAAUGCAGUGGGUAACCCAGAUGGAAAGAAAUCUUGCAAUUUUACAAUUGAAUCACUUUAUAUUGAUAAUUAAAGUGGUAUCUUUUUAUGAUUUGUUUUAUUAAUUUUAUUACAUAAAAUUGCAGCUAAAAAUACGGGACGCAUUAAUUUAAUGAAUCUGCGUUGACAAAAGUUAGAUAAAUUAAAUAUUAAGUUACAUUAACUUAAACAAUGUAUAACCUCUGCAUACAGGAUGUUUUAUGAUUUAUAAAAAUGGUCACUGUUUUGCGCAUUUAUUUAGAAUUUGACACAAAAACAAGACAUUUUUUUAUUGUAAAAAAUCCUGUAUCGUUUCUAAUCAUGUGAUAUUUUUUUUAACUACUUACUAGUUUAUAAUUUUUGUUGACUCGGAUGCAUUAUUUUUGUAAUAAAAGACAGAAAUCAAAAACGAAGACCAAAGAAAAGGGAUUGUACCAGUUCUGGGUAUUUCACAUGUAAUUUUCCCCAAAUCUAAGAGCAGGCUUGAUAAAUGUAUCACUAGAUUUAGUAACUUUUUAGGUUGAUGGCACUAUUAUCUGUCAAACGUUAAAAACAUGACCGUUGUCACGCAUAAAUCUUUUGAAACCGUUUCUGACGAUUCGUUUUCAGUGAAAAAUAAAGAAACGUUGCGUUUUUUGACAGUUGACCGUGCUGUCAACCUAGAAAUAACUGAGGAAGCUAACAAAUCUCACCUUAGAAAAUCAUGUGCUGAUUUAUGUGUAUAAACUUUCAAUUACUAGGGUAAUUUGAAAUGUAAAUUAAAUUCUGGACUGAAUAUGUCACGCCUCAUCAGAUUGAAAAUUAUUUUUUUUUUUUGUAUUCAGGAACAAAUUUUAAGCAAUUUUAAGAUCCUUAAAAACAGAGUAUGGAAUUUUUGUAUUUUUCACAAAUGGAAAUCUAGAACAGGCUUGACAAAUGUAUCUCUAUAUUUAGUAACUUUUAGGUUGGUAGCACUACUGUCAUCUGUCAAACAUGAUGUUAAAAACAUAAUUGUCACUGAUAAAUCUUUUUUGAACGGGUUUCUGGCAUUUUUAGAUUCAUUUUCAGUGAACAACAAAGAAACGUCACGUUUUUUGACAAGUGAUAGUGCUGUCAACAGAGCAUGGGAAUGUUUUUAUUAAAUUUAGUUCUCAAUAUAAGAUGAUAGAAUUGGUCAUUACUUUAUAACACUUAAUGGCCUACAUGAAUUUAUUAAGCCAAAUUGGAGAUGUUUUAAAAUUAGACGAAGCAAUUUCAGUCCAGAUAGAAACUAAUCUCAGAAUUUAAGUGAAAACUGGUACAUUUGAAACGAUUAUUAAAAACCAAUAGCUGACCUUAGUAAAAUUUCAAGAUUUUUUUUUUAUAGACGUUUAUUACAAUUUUGAUUUACGUGGAUGAAGCUGAAACCAACCUAAAAUAUUUUUUUAAUAGGUAGAAUUAGAGUAAUUAUUUAUGUUUGUUACAUGCUACCUUGUCCACUUACAGAGUAUUUCAUUAUUACAGAACCACUUCUGAAUGUUGUAUUUGUAAGUAAACUGAUUUUUGUUAUUUUUUUUUUUUUUAACGAAUUGGUCAAUUGAUUUUGAAUAGCUCUGUAUGGAAUUUAAUUUUUAAGUAAAUUAUAGAUACAAUUAUUGACAA